GAAGAGCCGGGCUGUAAACGCGCGCGGGGUGCUGCGGCUCUGCGUGGCUCGUGCAGGGCCGUUGGAGCCUCUCCCGGAGCCGGAGAAGAGUUUGUGUCUCCCGGCUCUGGGCAUGCGCAGAUCUGGGGUGGGGGCAGUCACGCAUGCGCAGAGGCAGCGCUCAUCCGCUGCGGAGCUCCAGCCUCCAGAUCUCUUGGAGAGACAAGGCUACAGAAUAACGUCCACAUUUCGCUCCAGAACAUCCCGUCCUCCCAAGAGGAAGGAAAUGGCUGCAAUGGAGCUGGCUCAGGGGCCAGUGACUUUUGAGGAGGUGGCUGUGUAUUUCACCAGUGGAGAGGGGGCUCUGCUGGACCCCACUCAGAGAGACCUCUACAGGGAAGUCAUGCAGGAGAACUAUGAGACGGUGGUCUUUCUGGGGUUUCCAGUUUCCAAACCUGAUGUGAUCUCGCAGCUGGAACGAGGGGAAGAGCCGUGGGUUCCAGACCUCCAUGACUCUGAGAAAAAAGUGCUCCCGAGAGCUGCCUGCGCAGGUGUUGGGAUGGUGAGUGAGAAUGAGGAGAAUCCCCAGCAGGAAGAUGCUGAGCAAGUAGAACCACAUGGGACGUUAUCAGAAAGAUCCAAAGAGAAUGAUUCCAGGAGUUGUGCACUCCCAGAAAAAGCAAAAGCCUGUAAGACUCAGCAGAGGCCAGAGGAAAACUUCAGUAGCCACUCAGACCUUAUUACACGUGAGAGAAUCAACUUGAAAAAGACACGCUACACAUGCCAUGAGUGUGGGAAAAGCUUCAUUGGUAGUUCAGCCCUCAUCUUACAUCAGCGAAUCCACACAGGAGAGAUGCCCUACACAUGCUCUGAGUGCGGGAAAAGCUUCAAUCAGAGCUCUGCCCUGAUCACACAUCAGAUUAUCCACACGGAUGAGAAACCUUAUGGAUGUCCUGAGUGUGGGAAACGCUUCAAUUGGAGCUCACACCUUAUCAGUCAUAGGAGAAUCCACACGGGUGAGAAACCUUAUGGAUGCUUUGAGUGCGGGAAACGCUUCAAUGCUAGUUCAGCCCUCAUCUCACAUCAGCGAAUCCACACGGGAGAGACGCCCUACACAUGCUGUGAGUGCGGGAAAAGCUUCAAUCAGAGCUCUGCCCUGAUCACACAUCAGAGAAUCCACACAGGAGAGACGCCCUACACAUGCUGGUUUCCAGUUUCCAAACCUGAUGUGAUGUCGCAUCUGGAACGAGGGAAAGAGCCGUGGGUCCCAAACCUCCAGGGCUCUGAGAAAGAAGUGCUCCCAAGAGCUGCCUGCACAGGGAGUGACCUACAUCUGGAUUCUCUCUGUCACCCAUCAGGUGAUGGGAUGGUGAGUGAGAAUGAGGAAGAGAAACCCUGGCAGGAGGAUGCUGAGCAAGUAGAACCACAUGGGACGUUAUCAGGAAGAUCCAAAGGGAAUGUUUCCGGGAGUUGUGCACUCCCAGGAAAAGCAAAAGCCUGUGAGACUCAGCAGAGGCCAGAGGAAAACUUGAGUAGCCACACAGACCUUAUUACACGUGAGAGAAUCAACUUGGAAGAGAAACGCUACACAUGCCAUGAGUGUGGGAAAAGCUUCAGUCGGAGCUCAGCCCUUAUCACACAUUGUAGAAUCCACACAGGAGAGAAACCCUACACAUGCUCUGAGUGCGGGAAACGCUUCAGUUGGAGCUCAAACCUUUUCAAACAUCAGAGAAUUCACACGGGUGAGAAACCUUAUGGAUGCUCUGAGUGUGGGAAACGCUUCACUGAUAGUUCAACCCUCAUCUCACAUCAGCGACUCCACAUAGGAGCGACGCCCUACACAUGCUCCGAGUGUGGGAAAACCUUCAAUCAGCGCUCAAACCUUAAUAGACAUCAGAAAAUCCACACGGGAGAGACACCCUACACAUGCUCUGAGUGCGGGAAAAGCUUCCAUUAUAGCUCAAACCUUAUCACACAUCAGAGAAUCCAUACAGGAGAGACACCCUACACAUGCUCUGAAUGUGGGAAAAGGUUCAAUCGGAACUCAAACCUUAUCACACAUUGUAGAAUCCACACAGGAGAGACGCCCUACACAUGCUCUGAGUGUGGGAAAAGCUUUAAUCAGCAUUCACACCUUAUCAGACAUUGUGGAAUCCACAGAGGAGAGAUGCCCUACACAUGCUCUGAGUGUGGGAAAUGCUUCAGUCGGAGCUCACACCUUAUCACACAUCGGAGAAUCCAUACAGGAGAGAUGCCCUACACAUGCUCUGAAUGUGGGAAAAGCUUCAAUCACAGCUCAAACCUUAUCAGGCAUCAGAAAAUCCAUAUGAGAGAGAACUGUAAUAAAUGCCUUGACUAGGGCUGGCCAAAGAUUUUUUUUUUUUUAUUAAAUCACA